AUACUGAAAAACAUGAAGGCGUUCAUUGCUGUUCUCAUUGCUGCUCUGUGCUUUGAAGGGCUGAAUGCACAGUGCCCUGAACCAGACGCACUGCAGGAUGCUAGUGGAAACAAACUCUGUGCACAAAUGUUUCAACACAGCAGCUAUUACUACGACCAGAGCUGUCAAGGCAAAGUCCUGGAUGUCUAUCCUGGUGAAGACUAUCCCAUCUUGACAUGGGAAUGGGACAACCGUAUCUCUUCUCUUGUGGUGGCCAAGUCCUGCAGCCUGACAGUGUGGUCUCGAAGCAAGAAGCAGGGUUCCAAGAAGACGUUUUCUGCUGGGAUCGCGUACCACCUUAAGGACGUGAAGGAUGGCCUGUUUGGCGACUGGAACGAUUCCAUCUCAGGAUACUACUGCAUAUGCAGGGUGUGAAACAAACCAGAUAGCCAAGACAUAAUUAACUUAUGAAAUGAUGUUAAUGAAAUAAGAAAAUCUGUAAACCCUGGUAAACUUGUUUUCGAAUGUUCAAUUAAAACAUCUCAAUAGAC